AUGGACUCGGAGGCACAAGAAGAGCUCGCAAACGUCUUGCAUUCUGGCUCAUUUCUCCUCGGCACUUCUGGUGCCACCGAACGCGAUCUUAAAAAUGUACUUGUGCGCAGACUAACGCAAUAUCACCAAGCAUUCGGAUCCUCCGCUCCCUUUCUUGAUACAGCGGAGGAUGCCCAACUUGAAACUGCUCAAUGUGCUCUGCACAUUAUCGAGCGCGUUCAAUCUCUCCUCGACCUGCCAGAUCUCGGUCAUGAAGGUGAUUUGAAAAGCGCGCCCGCAAUAGGUACUCGCGACCUUAGCACACUCCGCACCCUUAUGUCUCUUAUUUUUCGCUGGGGAACCGAAACGCUUUAUACGCGUCUCAUCCCUUCAUUAUCGUCUAAACAAAUUCCCGGCACCCCAAAAAUCAUCGACCUCACGAACACGCCCGCCGAUCACGCUACACUCUCUGACCUGCUUUUACGUCUCAUGGGCCUCUUGUUCCCAAAUGGCCCAAAGAGCACGCCACCUCAGACGCUCAUUAGCAGUACACUACUGUCAAGACAUGCAGUUGAUUUGUUGCGCCCGAGUAUGGCCCUCGGAUGGCUACCUAGUGAAUCCGUCGAGCCUCUCCGCCCGCUCGUGCUCCGUUUCCUCGCCUUCUCGCAAUCUCAUCUAUCUCCCCACAAAAUGUGUGCCUUCAGCAUCCCCCUCCCUCAACUCAUGACAUCCCUUGCUACGGUCCUCUCCACCCCUACCUCCUCAACACCACCCCACGUCCGUAAACUCUGUUCCUCCCUCCUAACUCAACACCUCCUCCGCCCAGGCGGUGUGGGUGCCCUCUGUGCUGCUGUAUUUGGUGAGCUUGAUUCGGAAGAUGAACCGGAACUCGAUAAGCUGGAGCACGUUGCACGCGUGCUAGGAACAGUACCUCGAGGGAUGCAACCCAAGCAUUACUUCCAAACAAUAACAUCGCGCAUCCUUGCUCUCAUGUCUCCGCCUUCCUCUUCUUCUGCCUCAACAUCAAUAACGCCCCCCGCAUUCAAACGCGCCGCAGCAUUUACUCUCGCACGCAUGCUGGACUCCAGUUCUGCACACCACGCGCUCGUGGCGAGCAUAGCCUUGCCCAUUUUACACAACCCCCUCUUCAAAGUCUCUGAUGAGACUUCACAUGACCAGAGGGAAUCAGGUCAAAGCCACCUUUUGCCCACCCCAUCAUCAUCCCUCCAAACCCUUCACGCCCUCCUGCUAUCAAUCGAUCCAUCGCCCUCUCUCUUCGCCUCCCUCCUUUCACCCAUUCUCCCCUCUCUGUACUCCCUUCAUGCACACCUCAGUAAAAUGGGUGUAGCGGAUCCAAUACUGAAAGAAGAUGUUUGGACAUUGAUGAGGACAUGGGGACGAGUUGUAGAGGAGGGCGAGGGAGUUCGAGUGUUGUGGUCAUUAGUUGAUGAGAACGAAAGCUCUGCAGGAGGGUGGGAAGGAGGAAAUACAGAGGAUCUAAAACGUGUAAGGAGGGUCAACAGAGAAGAGAAGCUCGCUCUCCUUACGCCGGAAGACCUACGGCAUACCUCCGUUACUGAGGAUACGAAUAUAGAGUCAUUGGACUUGGGACUCUACCCACCUUCUGCGCACUUCGUUUUCUACAUCAAGAACCUCAAUCGUGCAGAUAUUGCGGGGGGCAUGUUCGUGAGAUUGCUGGAGGCAUAUCGCACUGCGAAGGGGUCUGCCUUCCAAUCUCAGCUGGACAACACCGCUAUCCUGAGUCGCCCAAGAGAUGUAUUGGAAUUUGUGAGGCACGCGUUAGAGGUGUCUGAUACACCCUCCUCUGCACCUGUAUCUGGCACGUCAGAUCGACGCAUAAACAACGAACACAGCAAAGGCCUUUUGAAGGAGGAUCUAAGAAUCGUACCAGAGGAGCAGGACGGCCUAGAAUUUGGGCCAGAUAGCGACGACGAGGACAAUGAGGUUGAGGGGGAAGAUAUAGUAGAGACCGCUGUUGGAUUGUUGUUGGCCGUACUUGACGCCAACCCGUCACUCACCCCGAACAACACACCCUCUCUUGCGCCAAUCCUCGACCUUCUCAAGGCACACACGUCGACCCGGCCAAGCGCACGUGAGGCACAAUUAGUGUUGACGGCGAGGACGGCAGAGGGGGCGUUAGCCGCAUCGGGGUCUGCUCCAAAAUAUAAGGGUAAGUCCAACGGUCGAAGCGAGGAUGACGACGCAGAUCCGCGAGAGACAUACCAAAAAGCACUCAAGCUCCUUCAAGACCCACUCCUACCCGUACGGGCGCACGGGUUGCUCUUACUACGCGAGUUGGUAUCUUCCCCGGCUCGUGCGAGUAAGGCUGAGCGAGAGAGGCUUGAGAAGGAAGCGACAAUACGUGCCCUGCACCCUGCUAUCCUCUCCAUAUUCUUGCAAGCCAUUCAGGAGGACGACUCGUAUGUGUUUUUGAAUGCGGUGCAAGGACUGGCUGCUUUGGUGCAUGCCCCUGGUCCUAUUUCCAGAUCUGGCGCAGGGAACGAAGUGUUGAAAGCACUUCUGGAUGCGUAUGCGAGGGGAGCAGAGGAUCUCGCUGAUGAUGAGGCAGAAUCGGAUAAAAAACCUAAGAAUGGUGAAAAGGGCAAGGCAAAGGGUAAACGAAUGAGCGAAGUUGACACACGUCUCCGCAUCGGUGAAGCCCUCGCAGUUGUUGUGAGGCGCUGUGGAGACACCCUGGGGCUAUAUGCGGACACGCUCCUUCCACCUCUCCUUUCCCUCCUCCGUGAGCCCCGCGCACCGGUCAUCUUACGCACGUCAGCGAUUUCCCUGCUCUCCGAAUGUAUCAACACCUGUGCACGCGUAGUGGAACGAUACACUGAGGAAAUAGCAGAGGGGACGCUGGACUUAGUAUUGGUCGAGAUGACUGUGGCUACUCCCAUUCCUCGUUCCAAAGCUAAGGUAAACAAGAAGAGAAUGGAGACGGACACAGAAGUAAGCACGGAACAAGCAGAACCUGAACCUGCUCCAACACCCCGAUCCCAAGCCGAACGCCCUCCAGACCCGCUAGACAUAUCCCCCCUGAGUGCAUCUUCCAAAGUUCCAGCACUCCGACGCGCGGCGCUACACUUUAUCGCGCUUCUCGUGCGGGUGCUUACUCAGGAGGCGUAUGAACGCGGUGGCAGCUCUUGGAGCGGCGUCCAAAUUAGGGGUAUAUAUGGCGGGCAAACAGGCACGUAUACGUCAUAUGAAGGAGGACCACUACCCCGGGAAUUUAUGAGACGCGCUCGCACGGUGUUGGAGUAUAUCGCAGCUGUGGAUGAAGAUACAGUCGUGAGGGUCAUGGCAAGGGAGGCUGGAGAGGGGCUGGAGGGGCUGGAGAAGGCUUUGGUUGGGCUGUGA